AUGAGAGCUUUAAUUGAACUGUGUUGGGCUUUGCAACCUGAAAAGAGACCUGAGUUUUGGCAGAUUGUGAAGGACCACAUCGAAAGAGGAAAUAUUGAUUUCAGGUCUCUACAGUUCCGUGUUCUUGAUGAAGUUGAUGAAAUGCCCGAGGUAGAGGAUGCAAGCCAAGUUCAAAUACUUCUUUUCAGUGCCACUUUGCCAAGCUGGGUGAAGCAUAUAUCUUCAAAGUUUCUCAAACCUGAUAAGAAAACAGUUGAUCUUGUUGGUGAUGAGAAAAUGAAGGCCAGUAAGAAUAUCACACUUUCUGGAUUCAGAUCAGGAAAAUUCUUGACAUUAGUGGCCACAAAUGUAGCAGCCCUUGGAUUGGAUAUUGAUAACGUCCAGUUAAUUAUUCAGUGUGAGCCGCCACGCGAUGUUGAAGCGUAUACUCAUCGCUCUGGUAGGACAGGACUAGCAGGAAAUACCAGUGUUGCUGUAAUGCUUUACGAUCCUAAGUCCAACAUUCACUACAAGAAAAAGGACGAGAUUAAAUUUGAUCAAGUCCAUUUCCCAAGCUAUGGGACAGGGAAUCCAAAUCGAAAUGAGCGAUGUAAAGAUAUGCCAGUUGAUCCUACCUCAAUCCCAAAAGUUAAGUUUGUGACGGAGGGAUUGUACAAGUAUAAUUAA